AAAUUUUGUUUCAGUUAACUUUUCUCUACAAAUGAAGUUGAAUGAAAUGAACUAUACUAAAAUUUGGUUUAAUAUAGAAUUAGAAAUUCCAAUGGCAAAUUUAUGCAUGAUUUUGAGCUAAUAUAUAAAUAUACAUUAUUUUGCCCAAAAAAAAAGAUAAAUAUGCAUUAAAAAAUAAUAUAUAUAAAAUAAUAGGAAGAAGAAGAAUCUAUCUUUGGUAUACCUACUUUGGUUUCAGAGCUUAUAAACACAAACACUUCACUCACACAAAACACUUGCUCCUCCAUUUACCAGAUCUGAACCUCUUCCCUUUCCUCGAAAAUCCUUCUAACAUCAUCAUCCAUGGCUUCCUCUGAUUUCGAUGGAAUCCUUUUGGGAAUGGGAAACCCACUCCUCGACGUCUCUGCCGUCGUCGACCAACAGUUUCUCGACAAAUACGACAUCAAAUUGAACAAUGCGAUUCUCGCAGAGGACAAACAUUUGCCCAUGUACGAUGAAAUGAGCCAGAAGUUCAAUGUUGAAUACAUUGCUGGAGGUGCUACCCAGAACUCAAUCAAAGUGGCCCAGUGGAUGCUUCAAGUUCCUGGGGCAACCAGUUACAUGGGAUCCAUUGGAAAGGACAAAUACGGAGAGGCAAUGAAGAAGGAUGCUACAGCAGCUGGUGUCUAUGUCCACUAUUACGAAGAUGAGGCAACACCUACCGGAACUUGCGGUGUCUGUGUUCUUGGUGGAGAAAGAUCGCUCAUUGCCAAUCUUUCUGCUGCUAAUUGCUACAAGGUUGAACACUUGAAGAAGCCUGAGAACUGGGCUCUGGUUGAGAAGGCCAAGUUUUAUUACAUUGCUGGAUUCUUCCUCACGGUAUCACCAGAAUCCAUUCAGUUGGUACGUGAACAUGCUGCUGCAAACAACAAGGUGUUCACGAUGAACCUUUCUGCUCCAUUCAUCUGUGAAUUCUUCAAAGAUGUUCAGGAGAAGUGCCUGCCGUACAUGGACUAUAUUUUUGGCAAUGAGACCGAGGCAAGAACCUUCUCCAGGGUUCACGGCUGGGAGACUGAUGAUGUUGAGCAAAUAGCCAUCAAGAUGUCCCAGUUACCCAAAGCCUCUGGAACAUACAAGAGGACUACUGUGAUUACACAAGGCGCAGAUCCUGUGGUUGUCGCUGAGGAUGGAAAAGUGAAGAAGUACCCAGUCAUCCCUCUCCCCAAAGAGAAGCUUGUUGACACCAACGGUGCAGGUGAUGCAUUUGUGGGAGGGUUUCUGUCCCAGCUGGUGCACGGAAAGGGGAUUGAAGAGUGUGUGAGGGCAGGAUGCUACGCGUCAAACGUAGUGAUCCAGAGGUCUGGUUGCACUUACCCUGAGAAACCAGACUUCAACUAAAUCUAGAAGUCGCACAAAUCAUCCUUUUAGUUUUAUCUCUGAAUGAGAUUUUGGUGAUUAUUAUUAUACGACCCAAAUAAACUCUAUGUUGUUUUCUUGUAUCACCUUUUGAGGCUUUAAGCUAUUAUUGAGUGUGUGUUUUGGCUUGGUUUUAUUGUACCUUUUUAUGAUUAAUAAAUAUUAUUACUAUACUAGGCCGAGUAUGAUAUUCCAAAUGUCAAAAUGUUCAUAACUUGUUAUAUCUUCAUGGAUGUAAUUAUCCUCUAUUUUUGUUUGAACUUGCUUCAUUUCAUGAAAUAAUUGAAUGAUCAUUAUUCCCU